AGAUCCAGAAUGGUGGUUGACGUGUAACAAAUGAAGAAAUAACGUCUUCAAGGAACUUCAGUCAAAUGACAUACUUUAGGCACGGUGAAUGUACGGUUGAAUUUUUAUGACUCGCAUUUUUUACCGACAUUGCUAGGUUUUGUUGACGAAAGGGGAAUUCGAUUUCAGUAAGGUCUGUAAACAUGUCUUUAAAACUCACCACUCAAGCCUACUGUAAGAUGCUGCUGCACGCCGCUAAAUAUCCUCACUGCGCGGUGAACGGACUGCUGGUCGCCGAGAAACACAAGAAGAAGGACAAUCCCAGAGACUCGGUACUCUGCGUGGAUUGUGUGCCACUUUUCCACGGGGCUCUGGCGCUGGCCCCCAUGCUGGAGGUAGCUCUUACGUUGAUUGAUACAUGGUGCAAAGAGAACAAGUAUGUCAUUGCUGGAUACUACCAAGCAAAUGAACGUAUAAAGGAAACCAGACCAAACCAGGUGGCUGAGAAGGUCGCUGCAAGAAUCUCUGAAAAUUUCAGCGAGGCUGCCAUGAUAAUGAUGGACAACAGCAGAUUCACUAUGGAAUGUUUUGUACCAGUUCUCUUCAUCUAUGAUCACCAUGACAACAAGUGGAAGUGCAGGGAGCCAAGCACCGACUGCUUUGAGGAUUGGCUGGAGGCACAGAAGAUCACUGCAGCCCUUUUAGAAAACAAAUCAUACGAGAGUCUUGUGGACUUUGACAACCAUCUGGACGACCUACGAAAUGACUGGACCAACCCCGAGAUCAAUAAAUCUGUAUUACAUCUAUGCUGAAGCCAUCCUGAGGUCCAAACAAACAAUCUCUGCUGAAUUGAGAUGCACGUCUGUCCAGAUAUCAGUGACACUCUCUCUUUUUCUUGCUGACCUGAAAGAUUUGAGAGAGAGUAAAAGGGAGAAAAACAUCAUUAGUGCUGUGUUCUCAGGUUGGAAAAAGUGGUGGUGACUCUAAGAGUCAGAGAUGUUUUUAUACCCGUUUUCAAGCUGUAGUUUGUAUAAUGAAAAAUUAAGGCAUAAUUUUGCUACCGACCUAGUCCUUCUAAUGCAACUGAAAGGUUUAGAUCACCACAAAAUAAAUAUAGUGUCAUCUUUUACUUCCCUUUCUCAUUCCAAACCAAUGAGACUUUUGGUCAUCUCUGGAACACACAUGAAGGUUAUUUCAUAAAAUAUAAGAUAUUUGGAUAUGCCAAAGUUUGGGGUAAAUAGACUUUCAAUGUCCGCACACACAUCUUUUUAUUAACUUUAUUUGAGAUUCAGAAAUGAACAGAUUUUUAUAGUGGUUUGGAAUGACUCAAGGGUGGGAAACUAUGAUUGGAAUAAUUUUGAGGUUAAUGGCUUUUAAUUGCUAAAAAUGUUAAUUGUGUUCUUGUUUAGCUUUAGUUUCAAUUACUGGUAUGAUUGUUUACUUGACUACUUGCUGAAAUGAACAUGUUAUAUUGUAGAAAUUAAUAUAUUUCUUCAAGAGAUUAUUUUAGUGUUUGCAGCACACCAGUCAUUCAAUGGUGGAAUAAUUUUUGGCUCCGAAGUUCAGUAAAUUUAUUGGUAUGAAUAAUAAUAAUAAAAACCUUUCUUCUUUCUAAAUUACUUUAAACCGAUGUUUGUGCAGCUGUUUAAUGAAUUGACUAUUUAGUAACACUCCACUACCUGUAUAGGUAAACAGGAUGAUCUGCAGUAAGAGGUAUUCUGAAUGAUCGCAGUAUGCUUUGAAUGCAUGUCUGACUGCAUAUCAUGUUUGCUUGUUGUGAAGAAAAAUUGAAAAACCAUUUUAAACAAAUAUAUUAUAGUUGAUAAUAAAGGCAAGAUGUAA